UCUGGCGGGAGUCACCACCACUGGCAAAAGAGCCUUCGACUGGGCAUAGCUACGUACUUUGCUUCGUUCUCGAAUGCGGCAUUCCAUUGUUUUUAAAUCAACGACGACUGUUCAAAUGUCCUUUCCUGCGGCGCGAAGCUGCUGAGGCGGCAACAUGCAAUUGUCAACACAGGCGCAGAAGAAUGAAACUAAAGUGGUCAAGAGCGUCGUGCCGCCAACCUUAGCGGGGUUGCCUCUCCUCCCCCAGUUUCUCGUCGCUCCCACAUUCUUGGCCCAAUUUUCCUGAUUCCCUCCACCUGCUCUCUCUCCUGGCGUCCAUGAACGCUUCUUAUCCGCCACCGAGAACCUUGCUUGAUAUCCGAUCCGGAUUAUAAGCGAGUCGCGGGGGAUUACCGACCGUCUUGGUUGUCGCCGAUCUUGGUUGUCGCAAACCGCGAGCUCGUGCUCGCUGCAUGGUACCGGAGAAUCCCCGACUUCCCCAAUCUUUGUAGUCAUGAAGCGCUCUUCCCUCGAUGCUGGCCUCGAAGGCCGCCCCCAGGACCGUCGUCACUCAGUUGUGCCUGAUGGCCGGCCCGCUCCGCCGAAAAUAUCCAAAGCCCGCGCCUGUGCAGAGUGUAAACGCCACAAAAUACGGUGCGAAUUCAGAGCGGGCGACGCAAGCUGCACGAAAUGUCUUCGCAGCGGAAUCAAGUGUGUUGUGAAUGACUUCUCGCAGAAGUUUGUUGAUGACGAUGGGAUAUGGAAAUCGCAAGCAUCAGCCACGAUUCAACAACUUCAAGAGGCCGUGUCGCAUCUUCUUCGCCAAGGAGGGCUCCCAGAGCUCUCAACCUACGGAGUUAGUGACAUCCCCAGUGGCCCGUCUCCAGCUGCGCCUGCAUAUUAUGUCGCAAAUCGCCCUUUGAUAAACGAUUCACCACCGGAUGUGAAACCCGAUGGACCGGGGCUUGUGGUGACACGAGAGCCCUCACAGGAGCCGGAUUUACAGGACCGAGAACUGGUGCCAGCCCCCAUGCGGAGUCUCUAUGAGGUGACGAAGCUACGCGACCUGCGCCACAAUCAUAUUGAGCAACCCAAGUUGACGCUCCUCGAAGAAGACUUCAUUUCUCGAGGCAUUAUAUCUUUACAGGAGGCUGAGGAGCUCUUCGCAUAUUUCAGCCGGACAAUGAACCAACUACUAUGGGGUGGAAUAAUUCUCGUACACCGCGACCUCACCUCAGUGCGACGGGCUUCGACGCUACUGGCGGCAGCGGUUCUCACCGUGGCAGCGCUGCAUAUCCCCAACCGAACCGAGACAUUGAACCGAUGUUAUAGCGAGUAUGUGGCGCUGGUAUCAAGCAUGUCAUUGACACGAGCUCAUACUUUGGACGAUGUUCGAGCGCUGUGCGUGGGGGCAUUUUGGUUGUCUGAGUUGAGUUGGAAGUUGUCCGGCCAUGCUGUGCGUAUAGCCACAGAGCUAGGCCUCCACCAAAGCUACCAAAAGAUGAUGCGCGGACACACUGAUCAAUACGAGAGAGCCCAAUUAUGGUAUUUACUUUAUGUAUGUGAUCACCAUUUCAGUAUAGCUUACGGUCGACCACCUGUGAUUCACGAGGAUUUGGCAAUCAAGAACUACGAAAAUUUCCUCCAGUCACCAAUGGUUGUUCCUGGAGAUAUCCGACUGUUGGCGCAGGUAGCUUUAUUUAUGAUUUUGACGGAGGCAUAUCGAACCUUCGGAAGCGAUACGGAGCAAGCUUUGACAGAGGAGGACUUUGGCCAGUUACGUGUCUACAAUGUUGCUAUAGAUCAGUGGCGACUUCUAUGGCAACCACGAUCUGCCGAUAGUCCCUAUGUUCGAACGUAUCCUUCGAAAGGAGUAGUUCUGCACUACCACUUUGCCAAGUUUCAGCUCAAUUCCCUCUCCCUACGUGCCCUAUCUCCAACCAAUACCCCAGUUUUUUCCAUGGACCGCAAGGAAUCAGCCAAUAUUGCGAUUUCAUCUGCCAUGGCCUGUCUAAACAUGGUUCUAGAGGAACAAGAUAUUCGGGAUGCAAUUGUUGGAGUUCCUAUUUUUACACACACUAUGGUUACCUUUUCUGCUGUCUUCCUUCUGAAGGUGGCAGUUAACUGGAACUCGGCAUAUUUAAGCCUGGACAGUGGUCAAGUGCGGAGUCUGGUGGAGCGGGUAAUUGAUCUAUUGAACUGUGUCUCCGCAGGCGAGAGACACUUGACUAGGCAUAUCGCUCGCGGUUUGAGCAAGAUGUUGGAGCGUUUUGAUGCCUGGGAUAUAGCUAAUGGAGGGGUUGCAGGGGCCGUGGGCGAACGGCCAGGGAGCGGCGUUCCUGGUGGUGCGAAUGCAAUGGCUCAAGGCUUCCCGCCUCCAGAUCUGAUAUACGACAUGGUAGGGACAUACGGGUUUGGGUUGGAUGAGAAUUUACUUGAUCCUAGCAUGGCCAACUUUGAAUAUCUUGCGCAGUGACAUGAAGAACACUGGACUUCUGAGAUAGCAGUUUGCGAUAUAGGAUAAUAUAUUGUUACAAUAAUUAGUUACUUAUGCUACCGAAGGGUGCUACGAGGUCAG